GCGGUGUUGUGCAGUGGUGUGCGUGCGGUGCUGCCUGGUGCGCGCCACUCACAGCAACAUCAACAGCAGUGGGGCGCACGGCGAACGGCAUCUGCCACGAGCUGCCCUGCGUGUCCCUGGCCCACGCCCACCGGUACCGCUUGGCCGCUGGUGAGAUCAGCUCCUCCUGCCGCCCACCCUCGUUCACCCAGCUGAACGCCAGCUUUGCUGACUCGUCAGCUCCCUCCACCCACCCCUCCACCAAUUCCCGCCUCCUGUCCCCGCUCCUCCUCCCCCUCCAACCACCUUCCCCGGCAUGCUGGUGUCCUCCCUCACUCCCUCCCUCUUCCUCACUCCCUCCCUCUCCCGCACUGCCCCUCCCUUCACUCUCUCCACCCUCCCACUCCUCCCCCUCCCACUCCUCCCCCUCCCACUCUUCCCCGAACCCACUGUCAUCGCCCCACUCCUCCGCCCACCAGUCCCGACCCCAUGCGCCAUUGCUGCUGCUCCCUCCCUCCGCCCUCUCUCCCCAUACAGUCUCUUCCGCCCCUGUUGCUUUCCCAUCUUUCUUUGCCCCUGCGUCCGCCUUUACAAUUCCCUCCUUUCCUGCCCUCUCCCCCUCCGCAUCACCAUGCUUACCGCCUCCACUCCUCUUUCCGACCGUUCGUUCCGCUUCCGCCACCCUCCCCCCUUCCGCCUCUUCCUUCCCCUUCCCCCACCACUCUGGCUGGGCUUUGUGUUCUCCGCCACCUGCGCCAGAUCCGCGCUCCCCCGCUGUUCCCCCCGACUCAUUCUCCGCCAGCUCCGGUUCCACCUCCCCGCGAGCCCCGCGGGGUGCCCGCCAUUGGCUUCGAGAAAUGCGGGGCCAAUCGAGCCGCGAGGGCUUGGAAGGCGGCUUAUGGAGUGGAUUAACGGAUCCCUCGUCUGGUCUAAGACGCUCAAUGUCAAGGGUCUUGUGCGACAAGCGAGUGUGCAGGCGACGGGAGCCGGCGAUUCCUGCGACUGGCGAAAGAAUCUGCGACAGAGGGGGUUGGUUUCGCGGAACAGUCGGAUCGUCGGGCGACAGAGCAACGCGACGCUGGUCGUGUGAGGAAAGAAAGAUAGCGACGAGCAAGGCGAGGAGCAAAAGCAGAGAUGCUAUGACGAGGCGAGACGGACUCAGGGCGGCGGAUCGGGGAGCCGACAGAGACGCCGGGGCGGAUGAUAGAACCUUGGUUGACUCCACUGAGCCGGGUGUCAGCACUGCCAUGACCGUGGCGUGACCCAGUGCUGGGGGUGUUACGGUAUAGACUACGCCAUCUCCCCUGCUAUGGUAUGCUGUGGAUUCUGUUUCUGCUGCUCAGUUCUGUGUGCUCGACCUCCAUGAGGGUCGGUUUUGAUGAAACGGUUGGUUCACUCAGCUACACCAUGGAAACAUAUGAGCAAAUGGGAAAUUGUGUAUGUUGGCAAAGGGAUUGAGCGCUUGUUUCUUUUCGGGCCACAAAAGGUUUUGAGAAGUAUGCAGGGAUAAUUUCUUGAGUUCUUGGGUUA